GUUGGGCCUGUAGCGCGGCGCCAAAGUGAAAGCAAGGAGAUGGAAUCGACCGUGGGCUCCAUGCAGGAGCAGGCGCUGAAGAGGAAGGAGAGGCUGAAGGCUCUUCGAAACAAACAGCUUCACGGUAGCAGUCCAGAGGAUGAGGAGCCAGACAAGAAGAGGAUGCUGAGAGAGGAGGAGUAUGUGGAGGAGAGACACAGAGAACUGAAGCUACGGAACUAUACCCCAGAGGAUGAGGAGCUAAAGCAGAGGCAGGUGCCCAAAGCUAAACCUGCCUCAGUGGAGGAGAAGGUGAAGGAGCAAUUAGAAGCAGCAAACCCUGAGCCAGUCAUUAAGGAAGUGGAUUUGGUCAACUUGGCUCCCAGGAAACCGGACUGGGAUUUAAAGAGGGAUGUAGCUAAGAAGCUGGAGAAGCUGCAGAAGAGAACACAGAGGGCGAUCGCGGAGCUCAUCCGUGAGCGUCUGAAGGGCAGUGAAGUGGAGUUGGCUGGGGCUGUAGCAGCGGUGAAGGAGGGAGAGGGUGAUUCAGACUGAGUCCUGGAGUCCAGCAAAGGUCCAGACUCCAGUGCUGCAAACAUGGACCAGAUCUGUUGCUCCUGGAUUCACUCUUUUCUGGAGGAAUGAGGAUCCCAGAAUUUCUUCAGAGGGUUUAUGGCAUCACUGGAGGAGACCUUCAAUGUCAUGGCCUGCUUCUGCAUAAGGCCCUGUCUGUUGGAAGUGUUCAUGUACUGAGUACAAGCUUUCGGUCAGUGUGGUGAUUGACGCUCUUGUUUUUUUAAGAGGGUCAAGUCUGAUAUAUUCAACAUUAUCCAACUCCUGUAACAGCCU